AUGGUUAAGAGUUGCAAUGCCGAUUUGGAGGAAGCUAGCGUGAACCAACUCCUUCAAAUUCAAGAACUUGAAGAAACGCAGUUAGACGCCUGUAAGAGCUCAGACAUUUACAAGCAGAAAAUGAAGCUUGUCCAUGAUACCAACAUCUUGAGAAAGAAGUUUAAGGAGGGUGACAAGGUGUUGAGGUAUCAAGGUCGAUUCAAAUUCAAGAAUGGUAAGUUCAAGACGAGCUGGGAUAGACCCUACAUUGUGACAAAAGUGCAUAACUUCGGGAUGAUAGAGCUCAAGGAGGAGGCCAUAAGCAAAAUGUUUCAAUGCAAUGGUCAUCUCCUUAAGCUCUAUAAAGAGCCCGCACCGCCUUCUUAA